AUGGAGGUAAUACUAUUGUUAGUGGUAGCUGGAUUUAUGGUGGGUUGCCUUCUGCAUCUCUUCACGAAACUGUUAACCAAGGAUUCUUCCUCAUUAUCUGACUGUGCGUUUUGCGCUUUUGCUGCAAUUUUCAACAACUCCAAUUUGGACAAAAAAGAGCUUCUUUGUUUUCGCUUACUUGUUUCCGCAUGGUUGAUGUUUGCAUUUAUGUUGACACAGUAUUACGGGGCAAAACUUCAAAGCUUUUUGCUAUUGACACACUACCGCGGAGCUCUUUUUGAAAACAUGGAUCAAGCGAUGGAUGCGAUGGAAUAUCAUGUAGACUGUCUAUAUACAAGUUCGAGCUAA